AUGGAAGAUGAGGGAAAAUCGUUGAGCUCGCCAACAGGUUCACUGUCAAACAAAACACGGGCCACUACCAAAUUUACCCCGAGGCAGUUGCCGAGACCCAAAUACACCUCGGCGCGUGGAUCUAGGCCUGGGUAUGUGUCUGCGCCUGGGGAUGGACAUCUUUAUCUUGAUGGAGAGCUUUUUGACUUUAGAAGUUUCAAGUCAGUGAUGUUCCCGUCUGCCAUGGUAUGCCAUCUAAAUGCUUAUACUCUGUGUGUUAAUUUUUUCCCUGGAAGUACUCCCACUUUACUCGACGGAGAGGAAUUUCAAGCACGCGAUUUGGUCGAAACAAUUGCAGCAUUUGGGAGCCCGGUUUCGCGUACAUACACGUUACAUGUGGCCAACGGCGUGUUCCCAGAUGGCAAGGAAAAGCCGUCUUCGUCACACAUCCUUGGAUGGGACAAUUCCACUAAUGAUUGGAUAUACAAUGAAACUAACUGGAGGAAUAUAGACAAAGCGUUGGACCUGGCGCGUCAUCAUGGCGUCAAACUUAUAAUUCCAAUCAUCAAUCAAGAUUAUGGGUCUAGCGACACAAACUGGGUUGGAAAUUUCGUUGAUUUAAUACGACAUAGGUAUAAUAUCCAAAAUUACACCAUUGCGCAACAGGCGGUAGAUUGGUUCACAGACCGCGAAAUGAUUGAGUGUUACAAAAAAAUAAUAUCUUUCUACUUGAACCGAAUCAAUACUUUCAAUGGGAUUCGUAUUGGAGAUGACCAAACAAUACUAGCGUUUGAGACAGGGAAUGAGAUGAAUUGGGGGUAUCAAAAUGGGUCUAUUGCCCAUGACAGACCUCCGCCCGCAAACUGGACCAUUGAAAUUGCACAUUUCAUCAAGUUGCUAGCCCCGAAAACUCUAGUCAUGGAUGGCAGCUAUUCCCGAAAUCCGAAAAUGGCAUGGGAGGAAGAAGCCCUGGCUUCCCCAUUUAUAGACUUGCAUUCUUAUCAUUUUUAUGGGGAGGGUGAAGCCCAGCCCUAUCAUGACUGCCAAUUGAGUCUGCAGAACCAGGUGAGGGUGCACAAGAAGACGUUCAUCAUUGGUGAACAUGGCUUUUUUGACAAGGAAGCGGUAUGGGAGGCUUUUUACAAGAAUAUCACUUGUGCUGGUGCUCUUGUUUGGUCGCUCCGGUCACACUCGGAAAAUGGGGGCUUUGUCACACACGGCGAAGGCAACAAUAUUUACAGCUACCACGCUGCUGGAUUUAGGUAUCAGACAUCAAAGAAGUUUGACACACAAGAAGCAGACAUCAUCUCUCUUACUUAUGAUGCAAGCUACAGAAUCCUUAGGCUGAACCCACCACCUAAACCAAUUCCUGGAAAUCCAGAAGCAUUCCUUGUCAGCAACGGCACACACGCUGGGAUUUCAUGGAGAGGAGCGCCUUGGGCGCAGGAAUACCAAGUUCUUGGUGUUGGAUUGACACUAAGUGGUGUCCCCCAAGAUCUUCAGCCCUGUGUGGGGACAUUCAUUUUGACAAGGGAGAUGACACAAAACCUCCGACCUCCUACUGGCGUCUAA